ACAUAAACACAAAUCAAAACUCAAUGGUUUCGGUUUAGAAAUGUUCAAUUUGCUUAGAUAACAGUUUUUGUGUAUAUGGAUAAUAUACGUUAACUUACACUUCUUUCUUUGUUGAUGAGAAAUUAGCUUACGAUUUUUUUUAAAAAAAUAUUACGCUUUAGAUUCGAAGAUUCUUUGGUGUAUUUUCACUGUAAAAUAUGGGUGUCCGAGGUCUUCAAACUUUUAUUGAAAAUGAUUGUCCUGAGGCUUGCAAAUAUGUAUCAAUUCAGCAAUUAGCAGAUGAACAUAAAAGUCGUUUCAGCUGCGAGCCAGUUAUUGUUGUCGAUGGUAUGUCUUUAUUGAAUCGUUUAUAUACGAAUACUUCUUUAGAGUGGAUAUAUGGAGGGCAAUGGCUACAGUUUUUCAAAGAAUUAGAAAAAUUUAUUUCCCGAUUUAAAAGCAUAGGAGUUAAAUUGAUAUUCUUUUUUGAUGGAACAGUUUGUGCUUCUAAAAGAGACGAAUGGGUUAGACGAAGAUUGAGUAAAAGUGAAACAGUUGCUUCCAUUUUUAGUAUUAUCAAAAGAUACAAAAGUGAGCCUGAUAAAAAAUUAUUUCAGCUUCCAACGUCUAUGGGACUUUUGGCAAGAUUUGCUGUCAAAGAAUUGGGAGCUGAUGUUUACCAAACAGACAGAGAUGCUGAUGAUGUAAUAGCGGAAUAUGCUUUAAAGCAUAGAGAGGUUUUUGCCAUUUUGAGUCAAGAUUCAGAUUUCAUAAUUUAUAACACUAAAACCUACCUUUCUCUCUCUCAUUUAGAUCUUAACACCUUAUACACAAUUCAUUAUGACAGAAAUUGCUUUGCUGAACAGUAUUUAAAUUUAUUUGUGAAGCAGUUACCUUUAUUUGCAUGCUUAGCAGGAAAUGAUUUUGUACCAUCUGAUAAACUUCGUAGUUUUCAUCAUCGCAUAUCCAGAACUAAGCGCAUUCACAUAUCAACCAUUGCACAGACUCUUUCAAAGAUCAUACAGGUGGAAUGUUGGACUGGAGAUAUAAAUAAUUCCCAAGAAUUGGAUCAUAUUUCUCGGGUAGUUUUUGGUCAUUAUAAUGAUUCAUAUCUCAUUUAUGAGGGCUUAAAAUCUUACAUGUUAGAUUAUUGUUCUCCUCCUCCCACAGUAUGCAUUUCUGUAGGCCCCACUAUGGAGAAGGCUGUAUAUGAGAGACAUCUAAAUUGUUGUAACGCACCUUAUCUUUUCAAUUUGCUUUGCAAAAUGGAGUAUGAAUCUAGUGAGGUACUAGAGGAUGCUUCUAGGCUACCAUCUGCAUUAGUAUACAGAGAAAUAAGGCAAAGAUGUUAUGGUAUUCUUUUCAAUGAUUUCAAGGCUACUACCUAUAGUGAUAACCAGUCACAUACACAACAUGGAGAUUCCAUAGUUAUAAAAGAAUGGUGUGCAUAUAAAGGAAAUUUUAUGAAAAAACCAGAAUUAAUCAAGCCCCUACCACUGGAUAUACAUUCUUUCACAAAAAAUGAAAAUCAUAUAUUGACGAUUGAAGAUUUAUGGUUAAGAGGUACUGAAAUAGAAAAACUACAGUUCUUCUGGCAUAUAUUGCAAAUACCAAUGGAGUUCAAUAUCCUGAUUUCAUUACCAAAGGACCACAUAGUUUUAGCUUGCAUUCUAAAUUAUUUGAUUGGUGGUUUAAAAUUGAAUCCUCUUUUGGAGCCUCUAGAAGUUGCUGCUUUUAUAGCUCAAGCUUUAUGGAAAGCAACUUCAGAAGAGUUGAAGAAUUUAAUGGCACCAUCAGUGGAUGCAGUUGCAGUUAAUAUAUCUUCAUUGUUCAUGCGAGGUGUCACAACAAUUUUGAUGGUUUUAAAUAUAUGUGACUUCCCAUUCUCUAUGACACAUGCUAUGCCAUGGCGUUUUUUUGAUGGCAAACUUUUCCAUCACCUAUAUAAUGAAGUAAAGCAAAGUCCAAGCAUUCGGCAGCUAUGCAGGAAUGAUGAUCAAACAAUCAAAGAUUUCUACUAUUUGCUUUCAUCUGUUAUCAACAACACAGUUUACAAUUUCAACCAGUUUGAUUGGAAGAAGAUAUUUAAAGAUUUUGAGUACCCAUUGAAUUGAAAAAGCAUGGAAAUAAAUAAUGAAACUGAUAGAUUUUUAUUAAUGCAAUGAGAAUAUUUUUUAUGAAUAAACCUUUUUUACUUGUUGAUUUUUUUAAAAUUCUAUAAUAUUGUUAUUUUUAUGAUGAAAUAAAUCAACAGUAUUUAUAUUUUAACAAAAUAUACCCAUGAGCUAUUUUAAGAAAUGUAUAAUGUGUAUUUUAUUCUGAUUUUAUCAAUAAAAAUAGUGCUUUUUGUUUUGAAAUAUAACACUUUCCAAUAGUAUUUCCAUCCUAUAUCAAUUUUGAACUAUAAUUGCUCUUCAGGACUUGAUUCAAAAUCUAAUUUUAUCAUUCAUAUCAUGCUAGUGCACUUUAUAGUUGCCAGGUUAAGACAUUUCCCAAUUGGAUUUGAUGUAGAAGUAACAGCAAAAGGAUUGGGAUAAACAUAAGGAGUAGCAAUCUAUUUAAUGGAAACAAAAAGAAUAAUGAGAUCAAUUGCAAAUUAGCCACUGUGUAAUUACAAAAUUUCUAAAUUAUUUUUAUACUAUUUUUAAAUGUAUAUCUAAUUAUUUCAUUGCUUGUUGUAUUUUUUUUAAAAUUUCAAUCAUUAAAUAAUAGAUGCCAACUAGAACACAUAUGGAUUUGACAUCAAAAUUUAAAAUUGUAUUUAAAUAUUAUAAAUCAACUAAUUAAAAAUAUCAGUUAAAAUAGAAAUGUCAAACACUAUUUUAAAACAUCUGGAAACUGUAAUAAAAACAAAAUUGAAGUUAAGAAUGAACUUUACUGGUCAAAUAUAUUUAUUCUUGAUACCUGGUUGAGUAGCAUUGCAUUAAUUGUCGCCAUAACUUUAUAUUUGCUUUUUAUUGAAUUUAAAUUUUUAAAAAAAUCUUCUGUGGGAAGAGUUUAUUGCAAAUUAAUAAACUAUUCAUAAAAUGAACACCUGAAAAAAAUUAAACAUUUCAGUAAAUCAUUGCAUUAUCUUUUAAAUAAUUGUUGUUUGACAUUUUCUUUAACAAAAUAUUGCUUUACAUUUUAUGAUUUAAAAUUUAAUCUCCAUUUUAUAAACCAAUAAUUUUUUUUUUUCAUUCUUUGGACUUUUUUAGGGGGAAAAAAUCUGUGCAAGAAAAAUUUUAUUUGUCAAUUUUUUUAUUAAUUUUAAUUUUUUGAUAUUUUAAUCUUGUCUGUUAAUAAAAAAAGUUAUUGUAUUAUUUGUGGUUUACUGUCAUACUAAUGUACAGAAUGUCCAUAAUUUAAGUCACAUUUGCAAGUUCUCUGUUUCAAAUAUUGUGCUGCAAAAUUUCAUGGAAAUUGGGUAAUGGCAUAUUAAAAUGUUAAAGAAUUUAUAUAGCAAAAAAAAAAAAAAAAAAAGUUCCUCAAACUACCACUAGAUAAAGCUGUGCAAUAGUCUUUCUGACAUAUGAAAAUGUAAAUGUAAUUAUGUGCUUGCACUGCAAAACAAGCAAUAAAAAAAAAUCAAUAGUCGAAUUUCUUUCAAAUCUGUUCCCAAGCCAAAGUUAACAUUCAUUACGUAGAAACAUGCUUUACUAAUGAAAUUGUUUUAUCAAAAUAAUAACUCUAUUACUGAAGUUUUACAAAAAUUUUGGAAAGGAGGACCAAAAAAAAAAGUAACUCCUUCAAAGAAAAAAUUUUUCUUUGAAGGAGUUACAAAAGUGUCAAUCUUUACGCAAGAACUAAAAGAUACAAUUUUUUGAAGCAACAAGAUUACUAGCCAUUUAGCCAGGAAGGGUACAAAAGUGUGUUGUUGCAGAGAUAGUGGAUGAAGUAUCAACAAUGCAAGUGCAGAAAGACAGUAUCCCAUUUCAUGGGUAGCACUAGUGUUUAAUGUGUUGUAGAAAAUGUUCCAUGGCUCUUAAAAUUUUUCAAAAGUUAUUACAUUACUAGCCAUUAUAAAUUAUUGCUUGUGCAACAGCUAUUCCCAGCUGAUCUUACUAACUGAUAAAUCUUUGUGUUGCAGUUUCUUAUGCAAUUGAAUUAAUUCCAAAAUGAAUGGUUGUGGAACAUUUUGUUGAUGAACAAAGUCCACUUCCAUCUGGAUGGUGCAAUUAAUAUGUACAGUUGCUGCAUUUGAGUUACAAGAAAUCCACAUUAUCUGCAAAAGUCGUUACACUCUUUGCAUGUAACAGUUUGGUACGGCUUUACUACUUCAUUUAUUCUGGGUUCAUUUUUUUUCAAGGAGCUCAUCGCUGUAGAUCCUAUUGCAUGCUCUGUCACCGAUAAAAAAAUAUGCAUUUUUAUUUUAUUUUAUCAGAUAAAUUUCAUUCAUUAUGCUAUUACCCUAUUUAUAUGAAAAUCUACUGCAUAACAUUCGAUUCAGACAUCUCACAAAUGUGGCUUUUAAUUAUAAAUACCCUGUAUCUUUCUUUAAUAUAAUGUAUAGAAUUAUUUAUACAUUAAAGGUUGUUCCUAAAUAUUGCCUGGUAGUAAUGGAUUGUGGCUCUAGGCAAUGUGUGCCAAGUCUCUUUUUUAAUAAACUAGGCAAUUUAAUUUCACAUUUCAGUGCAUUUUUUUUUAAAUAUAUAUUUUAGUAACUAUGUAAAAACACAUAUGUUUUUUUAUUUAUUAUGACUCAUGACUGUAAUUUUCACAUUUGUACACAAUAUUAUUUAAAUAAAAUAUUACAAUAAUGUAAUAAAGCAUUUAGAAAUCUGACUAAAUGCUGAUAUUAUCCUAAUAUUUUAUCAAUCUUCAAAUAUUUUUUCUUUUAAAUUUAUUCAGUUAAUAAUCAAAGUAAUAUUUUUUUUUUUUUGAAUCUGUAUCUCAUUAGCUAGAAAUCUAUAAAUAGCGAUUCUUCAUGUUAGUAUGCUAGUGGUAAUUGUCCACAUCAAAAAAUCUUACUGGUUUUUGAUGGAUUUUCUCUUGUUAGCAACAAAAAACAUAGCAGAAAUUACCAAAAUUUCAUUAUAUUACUUUCUGAAAAAAAAUAUGCUACACUUAGUAAAUAUUUCUUCAAAUAUUGUGAAACCAUAAAAGGGAUUUAGUAAUCAAAAUAUUAUAGAUGAAUAUAAGAUAUUUGUAACUAAUUUCUCAUAAGUAUUAUUCUUUACUUUAGUAAUAACAUCACUUGCAAAUGUACAUGCAUGCAUAUACUAAAUCAG